AUGCCCAUGUAUAAGGGCGACUCUUAUAAGGCGAAGAAGACAGAACGACGCGUAAAGAUCGCUGUACUCGACAGUGGCGUGGCUAAGAGCGCCACCCAGGGCCGAGUUCCGCAUCUGAUGAAGAGUCCACGAGUGAAAUUAGGAAAGCAGCUAGAUCCGUCUCUGCCCUGGAACUGUGACAGCAAAGGCCAUGGUACCCAUGCUGUCGGUGUGAUCCUCACUGUCUGCCCGUACGCAGACGUGUAUGUAUACAGGGUCUGCGAAGGUACCGAAGCAAUCGACAGGAAGUACGUAGCGGAGGCCAUCAAUGACGCUGUCGAGAAGAAGAAGGUCGACAUCAUUAGUAUGAGUCUAGGCUGGAACGAGGACAGUGAUUACGAACUUCGAGCGGCGAUUAGACGUGCUAGAGCUAGCAAUGUUCUACUCUUCGCGGCGAGCUCGAACGAAGGCAUCCGAACGAAAGCCGGCAUGUCGUAUCCAGCUCGAGCUUUGGAAGUUAUCGCCGUCGAUGCAGCAGAUGUUCAUGGUAACCCGUCCAAGUUCAAUCCUCCACAAGUCAGCCACAAAGCCAGAUUUACUGCCUUGGGCGAAGCAGUAAGGUCUGCGUACCCUACACACCUUCCUUCUGAGGAUCCACAUGAGGGGUGGAAGAGAAUGGUAGGAACAUCCUGUGCCACUCCUAUCGCCGCCGGCAUUGCGGGACUAGUACUAGAAUUUGCCCGUCAACGACCGCUUUGCUUCGAGCCUGCCAUCGAAACCUACCUAAAGUCCGUAGAGGGUAUGAGACUGAUCUUGACGAAAUGCCUAUCGCUCAAGUAUGCAGACGCUUCACCUUUCAACCAUCUCGAUCCGACGAUAUUAUUCCAUUGUACCGAAAGAUACGAUGACGGUGGUAGCUUUUCCGAAUCUAUGUGUCCGCGACACAACGCAGCAUACAACAUCGUGUCGAGGCUUCGCGAAGAGUUCUCGCAGGAUAUAGGCGACCAGAUGCUGACGGCAUUGCAGAUGGAAUUGCAAAAAGAAUGGGCUAUACGCGUUCAGAGUGGAUCAGAAGAGAAUUGA